AUGCCGAUCGAGCGCGCAGAGGACGUGCGCAUGCGAGAGGUAGUGCGCAAUCUCUUCAACGGCGACUGGCGCAGGGCUGACAGGAUCGAGCACUAUGAGAACGGAUGCUGCCGAAGUCGGGCUCAGACAUUGCGCAUCAUGAUGACCGUCGGCGCGCGGGCGCUCACGAGGCGCCUGGCCGACGUGAUGGACAGGAGCAAUUGGACGGGGUCUCAGUAUUCAGUUUGCGGGCUUGGGUUGGCAACGUUCGUGCACAACAUGUUCCCGAGUGCGUAUUCUACAUAUUUCGUUGGAGCUGCCAGUGGCGCAGCGGAUCCAGAGGAGCCAGCAGUCGAUCGGGCCGUUGAUUCUGGAGCCGACGUGGACGAGCCGAAGGACCCGAGCGUGUGGCGAGAGGAGAACAAGUCCCGACAGACGCAAACGUUGUCUUGGCUGCAGAGCGGUUGCUUCCGCGAUGACAUGUACUUGUUUUCGAGGUUGAUCGAUGGCAGCUCCAGGGAUUACCCGAUUUGGGCCGCCAGUGAUGCCAAGCAGGUUGCGAAGUUCACGAAGCAGAUGACGGCUCUCAUCUUCGACGACGGCAGUUGGCCCCUGGCGACCAUGGCGACGGAGAGUUUCCAGCUCGACGCGGACCGUGGAUGCUCGAGGCUGGCAGCGGCCGCUUACGAGCUCGUGGAGGUCAGGCACAGGAAGACCCCGUACAACACGUUCAACGUGCUGAGGGACGACGGCGCCACAGAAGAGUACCUGGCCAACACCGACGAGUGCGUCCUUGAUGCCUACACGGCGUCCUGGAAGGAGUACUACAGCUCCCGCGGUGGGAUCGGCGGCAGGAUGGCGAAGGCCGAGCUUGCGGGGCAAUACUUGAAGUGGCAGACGGCUAUAUUCCGCGGGCAGCCCAAGGCCACCGCCGAGGAGAAGAAAGUGGAGGCGCGGCGAGCCCAGCGGACGAGCAGGCCGACGCCGAUGGGGCCGUGGGUGUGGCGGGCGUUCGUGCAUAUUGAGGCGAACGGCGUGUUCGUCGACGCCGCUCUGGGGGCCGAGUUUUCUGCCAGGUACGCUGGGUUAUCCGCCGAGGAGCGGCAACCGUGCGAAGAUUUGGCAGCUGCCGCACUGCAGGACUAUCGGAAUGGGCGACCUGCAUUCGGGAAGCCGCCGCGACGGAGCUCGCCCGCGCGCGCGGCAAGGGGAAUGCCGACCGUGCGCGUGGUCGACGACGGUGCCCCCGACGGAGUCGCCCUGGCCGACGGCGAGCAGGACGCGGCGUCGUCGGUCUUCGAGAAACCCAUCUUCAAGGCUGCGACCGUCAGGCUCAUGGCGCACAAGAGGGCCGCGGCUGCCACCAUGCGUUCUGGCCAGGCGGCGGAGGCGGACCUGAGGGCACGAUCCAACGCAGAGGCGGAUCAGCAUGCCAGGGACUGGUAUUUCAUUGGGAACGAUGCUUCUGCUGCCGACGAGCGGCCCGCUGACUUAGCCAUCCAGCGCUCCUCGUUGCCGACGGCCGUGUUCAUGCGGAGGCGCGAGUCUGUGAUGUCCGAGGUCCUGAGGGCUCUCGACACCAGCAGCGUGGAGAUGGAGUCUGCCAAGUGGAUUGCCAAGCAUGCGCACGCGCGCGAGGUCGGCUGCAAGCCUUUGGACGCACCCCGUCGGCUUCGGCGCCUUUGUUGGGAAGCCGAGAGGUGCAUCUGCCAGGGGCCUGCCCAGAUCUCCAAGACCUUCAAGCGCAAGAUGACCGUCGUGUGGCGCGUGGUGGAGCACGCCGUCGGGGAGAAGCUCUUCAAGGCAACGAUGGUGGCGAACAAAUACGUGAUCAGCUUCUCGUUCAGGAAGGCCCCUGCAAUGUGUUCGCGUGAUGUCGUGGCGGGGUCUGGCUUGGAAGUGGUUCCUGCGGGCGAUGAGGUCACGCUGGUCUUCCACAUCGCGCUGCACUACGUUACCCCUUGUAGGCCGACAUUCAUUUCCAUGGAUCGUGAACCAUCCCAAGAUCGCGAAGGCUGCUUGGGCCUGUCACCUACCAAGGAGCUCGACGGCCCCGACGCCACCUUGGGCAGGUACACCUCGUCGGAGCUGGCGACGGCGUGCUUCCAGGACUCCUGGGACAAGCGGCCGUUCCAGGUGAAGUGGUACGAGCUCUUCGCAGAUGGCCGACAGGUCGCGCAGUUCAAGCCCGCGUUGCAACGAGUGCGGGAUCGACCGAUCGCGGAGUGCGACCUGUGGUCUGUAAGGCCCCCUCCGCCGAAGCCUCGAAAGAGGAAGAGGGGCGGGGGGCCGCCGACGGGCCCAUCCAAGUCUGGCCGUGCUCCCAUUCGCGACGAGGACGACGAGGACGGCCGCGGCCCCGAGCUGCUCGAGGAUGGCGCCAUCGAGGGUGACGUCGGGGAGUCCGAGUCUGACGGGCUUGCGCCGAUGGUGCCUGCGGCGCCGAUGGGGUCCGACGAGGAGUGGGACCUCUUUGGGCCGUCCGGCUGCGAGGGCGGACCCGACGCCGCCGCCGCCAUUCCACACUUGGGGGGCGGCGACGGCGACGUCGCAGCUGAGCCGCAGCCGCGCGCUGAGUCCCCUGAGCCAGUGCCGCCGCCUCCAGAGGAUGGUUGCAUCUUCCAG